AUGAGAAAGGUUACCGAGAGGACCUUCGGAACUACUAUCGUCUACUACGACGAUACCGUAUUCGAGAACUCUUUAUCCCAAGGUGACUGGCACAUCGAGGAGGACCCAAACGUUGACUACGAGAUGGUACUCAGAGGAUUACGAGUCGGUGCUAAAAUAUUGCAUGAGGAUCAUUUGAAAUACAGGCAGAAGAAGAUUCUGGAAGUAGCACAAAGAAGAACUAGUCUAAAGAAAUGCUGCAGGGAUCUCUGCGAAUAUAAUAUCUCGCAGGCAGCUUUGCUGAGAAAACGGGACUCGCAGGUCUUUUCGUCGUGA